AUGCCCAAAAGACAGUUGGACAAUGACGUCGAACCCGAAGAGUUCCCGCCAUUAACUAUGGAGUCAGACUCUGAAUCAGAGUCUGAGGUCGAAUCCCAGGUUGUUUCUGUGCCCUCCUUGGACUCUGAUUCCGAGAGCGGCUUGGAUAGCGAUGAGCUACGUGAGUUGCAGGAGGAGUCAGAUUUCAACGAACAGGACCUGUUUAGUGACGAUGACGAAGUCAGGUACAUUGAAGGUGCUGAUGGCAAGCCUCGUCCCAUUAGGCCUCCUAUUGAUCCCCAUUACAGUAGCGACGACAGCGAUGUUGACGAAGCAAACACUAUUGGCAACAUCCCCGUUUCCGCCUACGAGAAAUUCCCUCACAUUGGUUACGAUAUAGACGGCAAACGUGUGAUGCGCCCAGCAACUGCUUCUGCUAUUGAUUCGCUGUUAGAGACUAUUGAUUUACCUAAAGGCUGGACUGGUCUUGUUGACAAGAACACCGGUGGUAACUUGAAUUUGUCGAAAGAGGAGCUUGAUCUCAUUGACAGAGUGCAAAGCGGCAAGCUUCCCACCGACGAUAUUAAUCCUUAUCAGGAUACGGUGGAGUAUUUCACCUCUAAGCAAGAGGUCAUGCCCUUGACGGCCACUCCUGAGCCCAAACGUCGCUUUGUGCCCUCCAAACAUGAGGCUAAACGGGUUAUGAAGCUGGUACGUGCUAUUCGGGAAGGACGGCUUGUACUCAAGGAUAAGAAAGAUCACAAUGUCGACGACGACGGGCAGAUGAAGUUGAGCUCUAAGUUGUACGACGUCUGGGAGAAUGAAGAGUCCAAACCCGAAAACAGCAUGCACAUUCCUGCCCCCAAAAUGACUCCUCCUACCCAUGAGGAAAGUUACAAUCCUCCUCCCGAGUAUCUGCUUGAUGAUGAGGAAAAGGAGAAAUGGCUGGCCAUGGACCCAUCGGAGCGGGAGACAGACUUUAUGCCCCAGAAAUUCGGAUCCUUGCGCAAGGUUCCUGGUUAUGCUAAUGCCAUCCGUGAGAGAUUUGAACGCUGUCUUGAUCUGUAUCUUGCACCCCGCUCUCGUCGUAGCAAGCUCAAUAUUGACCCUGAUUCUCUAAUUCCCGAGCUGCCCUCCCCUCAAGACUUGCGUCCUUUCCCCAUUCGCUGCUCAGUGAUUUUCAAGGGUCACACUGGCCGUGUACGCACAUUGUCGGUUCACCCUUCUGGCCAGUUCUUGGCUACUGGCGGUGAAGAUGGAAGCGUUCGCGUAUGGGAAGCUCUCACUGGCCGUGAGCUUUGGCGGCUGGAUAUCAUCAAGGCCGAUACUUAUAACGAUGCCGAGGGCGGCCACCCAGACGACAGAAUCGAUGCUGUUGUUUGGCACCCCAAGGUUGAGACUGGAAUUCUGUCUGUGGCUGCAGGCGAUAAUAUUUAUCUUCUUGUGCCGGCCGGGGUCUUUGAUGGCCAUGUUGAAAACACAGGUCUUGAAACCAUGGAGCGUGGGUGGGCUUACCAGACUGAUGGCCGCACUGCCAAGGCAUCCACUAAUGUAGAUGAUGAUGGCGAGGAUAAGGAGCCUGCGCCCGUCAAGACUUAUGCACAAUGGACCAAACCUGGUCCUCAAUUGGCUGCGAAAGGAUGUGGAGUUGUUGUCAGAUGCACUAAAAGAGUCAAGAAGCUUGAUUGGCAUUCCAAGGGUGACUACUUUGUUACCGUGCUUCCAGAGUCUGGUCACUCUGCGGUCUUGGUUCACCAGAUGUCUAAACACACCAGUCAAAGUCCGUUCCGCAAGUCCAAGGGUAUUGUACAGGACGCCAAAUUCCAUCCUUUCCGUCCUCAUCUCUUUGUGGCUAGCCAAAGAUACGUCAGAGUCUAUGACCUGUCAGCUCAAUCUUUGGUCAAGCGUCUGCAGCCUGGUGCCAAAUGGCUGUCUUCGUUCGAUGUCCACCCUCGUGGUGAGAAUGUGAUUGCGGGGUCUUUCGACAAGCGUGUUACAUGGGUGGAUAUGGAGCUGAGCGAGAAGCCUUUCAAGAUGCUCCGAUACCAUAGCCGUGCUGUUCGAGAUGUCAAGUAUCAUCCCCGGCUUCCACUCUUCUGCUCGGCUAGUGAUGACGCUACGAUCAACAUUUUGCAUUGCACUGUCUACGACGAUCUUCUUAAAAACCCCCUGCUUGUUCCUCUCAAGAUCUUAAAGGGUCACAAAAUAUCGUCGAGUCUGGGUGUGCUCCAGGUCGCUUGGCACCCUCGCGAAGCAUGGCUAUUCAGUGCUGGUGGCGACGGUACAGCUAGACUUUGGACCACCUAA